GUUCUGAAGUACGCCCCGCGCUCUCUUAUGAGGUAUAGCAUUAUCCAAUUUACUUGGCGCAUACAUAAAAUACCGUCAAGAUGAGGCAGCUUACAGAACAAGAAACGAAAACGCUUUUCGAGAAGCUAGCCAACUAUACAGGAAACUCGUUAAAGAACCUAAUUGCGCCGCUCGACGAUUCGCCCGACGCCGAUCGCUAUGUCUUCCGUCUGAAUCGCGACAGAGUAUACUAUGUCCUACUCUCCGUCGCCAACUUAGCCACAUCGAUAUCAAGGGAUCAUCUUGGGUCGCUGGGUAUCUGCUUAGGCAAGUUCAGCAAGACCGGAAAAUUCAGGUUACACAUAACAGCGCUGCCUAUCCUAGCCGAGCAUGCGCGGUAUAAGCUAUGGAUUAAGCCCAAUGGCGAGAUGCCCUUCCUUUACGGCGGCAACGUCGUCAAGGCCCACGUCGGCCGCUGGUCCGACGACUGCCCCAGCCACCAGGGUAUCGUCGUCUACAAUAUGUCCGACACGCCCCUCGGCUUCGGCGUUACCGCCCGCAGCACCGCCGAGGCCCGUCGCCUCGACCCAACCGGCAUCGUAUGUUUCAGGCAGGCCGACUGUGGCGAGUAUCUCCGAGACGAAGACACCCUAUUUGCGAGCUGAGCAGGCAUAAAUUGGGUGGGGGUGACGGAUGUAUGUAUAUACGAGGAGACAAGAAGAAAAAAAGGACGAUGGGUAGCUUUUGGCACUAGAAGAUGGCCUGGAGUUCGGAAUUGGCUUGAGCUUUGUGCAUUCAGGGGCGUUUGCGGCUAUCUACA